UGUUUGCUCCCACAUCGAAUGGCAUAAAUAAGGCGGACGGGUGCACAUCAUCAUCGAUCUGCUCCUCUCUGCCCCUCUUCUCUCGUUUAUUACUUUGCUUCUAUCAUUAUAUCAUAUCAUGAAGGUAGCAGCAGCUUUGGGCCUUGCGUCACUGGGCUUCGCUUCCGCAGCCUCAGUCGCAACCCAAGUCGACUACACUGGCUGGAAAGUCUACCGUGUCAAUGUCGGACACAACAAUGCGCAGUUCAGCAAAGCGGUCCAGGAUGUAGGAGUCGAGACAUGGAAGGGCAAGGCCGAGAGCAGCGACGUCGUCGAUGUCAUGGUUGCGCCGACGCAAAUCGACGCCUGGGAGAAGGCCGUCGCCGACUUUGAAGUCAAGGUCAUGCACGACGACCUCGGCCAAUCGAUUGCCGCCGAAGGGGAUUUCCCCGUCUAUAUCUCCGCUACCGCGGAGGACCGCGAUUCCACUCAUUUAGCAGCACCAGAUGCCACCUGGUUCAACGCCUACCACCCGAUAGCCGACCACCUGCAAUUCCUCUCCGACCUGGCCGCCGCCUUCCCAUCCAACGCCCAAACCUUUGUAGCCGGCAAAUCCCACGAAGGCCGCGACAUCAAGGGCAUCCACAUCUAUGGCAGCUCGGGACCCAACUCCAAGCCCGGCAUCGUCUGGCACGGCACCGUGCACGCCCGCGAAUGGAUCACCACCAUGGUCGUCGAGUACGCCGCGUACCAACUCCUGACGUCCAAGGUCCCGACCACGCAAGCCUUCAAGGACAAGUACGACUUCUACAUCAUCCCCAUCGUCAACCCGGACGGCUUCGCCUUCUCCCAAUCCUCCGACCGCAUGUGGCGCAAGAACCGUCAGUCAACGCCUUCGGCCUCGUGCGUCGGGCGCGACAUCAACCGCAACUGGCCCAACCAGUGGGACCAGCGCGGCGGAGCUAGCACCUCGCCCUGCGCGCAAGACUACAAGGGCCCCUCCGCAGGCGACGGCACCGAGACCAAAGUCCUCAAGAGCCACCUCGACGGCGUGGCCGCUGGCAAAGGCGUCCAGCUGUACAUGGACAUCCACUCGUACUCGCAGCUCUGGAUGUACCCCUACGGCUACACGUGCAGCGGCGUGGUGCCCGACGCAGCGAAAUACGAGACCAUCUCCAAGGGCGCCGUGGCGGCCAUCAAGGCCGUGCAUGGCACCGAUUUCACCGCGGGGCCCAUCUGCCAGACCAUCUACCAGGUCACGGGCGACAGCGUGGAUUACGCCUACGAGAAGGCCAACGCGACCUACUCUAUGACGGUCGAGUUGCGGGAUACGGGCCGCUAUGGGUUUGUGUUGCCGCCGGAGCAGAUCAAGCCGAGUGGGGAGGAGAUGUGGGCGGGGUUGAAGUAUGUGCUGGAGAAUAUGUGAAUAUGUAAAAGGAGAAUUCGGAAAGAAAGCAAAGGGAAGGAGGGAGGGUAGUACGGCUAGUCGGCUUCGUUCGAUAGCCAAUGAACAUGAAGAUUCAUUCAUAUACAUAUGUACACUCUCAGGCUGGUUCUUUGAACAUUUGCUUUUGGAAUACUUCUAGUUUCACUAAUGUUUAUAGCACAACUAUGACCAG